UCGAUGGCGGAUUGACGCUUUUCAUUGGCAACACAAAUUUUUUCUUUUACCAAAGCAAAGCAAAAACGUUGCACGCCGCAAAAUAGGUAGCAAGUUAUAUAUGUGUGUUCGUGACAUCGCACAUAAUAUAAAUAAUAAUCGCAUUUAUUUAUAGUGCGCGUUUAUAUAGUGGCAACAAACGAAGUGUGUGAAAAACGUUUUGAUUUUACAGCUACAGACUGCGAUGAGACGUCGUAGCGAGCGAAAAAAAUCUUCGUCGCCUGCUCCAUUGCCGGUGCAACGUCGUAGUCGCCGAUCGCGUAAAGUUUCGGAAAAUGAGAAAACCGAGGACGAGACAACGGUAGUGGUGGAGAAGGUUGACAAGGAGAAGGUUGAAGAUACAAAAGCGCCACCAAUAAUUGAAGAAAUCAAUGAAGAACGCGCGUCGUGCGGUGAAGGGGAACGUGCCUCAAGUGAGGAAAAGCAUGCGGCACCAUCGCAGUCGCCGUCGCCAGUGCGCAAAAGCCGCAGCACACGUACGACACCCAAAAAGCGCAAUCAACGCGACAAAAGCGUUGAGCACAACAAUAAAGUAGAAACAAUACCAGAGGAAAUUGAGAAUGGUGCUGAGACUGUCGAGAAGAGCGUUGAUAUCGAUAAUAAUUUAUCGAACUCAAAGAAGCCAGAGGAAAUUGCUGCAGUUGAAGAGUCUACAGAGGCAGAACCCAAACCGCAGCCAGAGAAGUCGGAAUCAGAAUUACCGGUAAAAUCGAAAGUGCAGGAAGAAGAAGAGACAGCUAAGGAACAGCACGAAGAUGACACCACCGGCACAGGAACAGGGAAGGUCAAGGGAAAGGGUAGCCAUGAUGAUGAUGAUGAACGGAGCAUGGAAGAGGUAAAAGUUGCUUCGUCUUUAAGCUUUACAGCAAAUAAGGAUGAGGAACAACUAAAAACCACAAGCGAUGUAUUAGACAUUCAAACAGAGGACGUUGAAGUGCGGAACCUUGAGAAGCCCAAAUCGGACUCUGCCUCCAAACUGUCACUGCAAACUGAUGAGCAAAAGGAGAAUCAAGCGGAACAAUCAGCGUCCCCAGCAACGGUAACAUCAACGGAGCAGCAUCCAGAUAAGGGAGCAGCAAACAAGGAAGACGAGCCAGGCAACAACACGUCGCUUCAACGAUCCGUGCGCAAGCGCAAGUGGCUAAGCAAGAAAAUUGUGGAACGCACGCAACCAGUGCUGGCUAUUUCAACGGAUUCGUUGAAGAACAUAAUAGCUGAUGUGGUGAAUCCAGUGCCAUUGAGCGAUGUGCAAUUGGAGUCAUCAUCAGAGGAAGAGGGCCUGGUCACCAGUGACCAUGAUGAGACAGAUGAGCAUUCGCUGACGCCCGAGUUAACGCGUGUGGCGGCUAAGGAGCGCGAUGAGGGCAACGAGACCGAUGAGGAGCAAAGACCGAAGCUACAAUCGAAACAGCAGCAUGAUAAAGAAACGCCAGCUUCGCAAACGCUAAACAACAAAUCCGUUGUUGAGAAUGCACCAAAUGCAUCAGUAAAUACAGCUGCUGCUGGUACUGCUCCAGCGGCUGUCGUUGCCCGCUCUCCAAGUCCAGCCCGAAAUCGCGCCAGUCAUGUGCUCUACAUCAGCAAUUUGGUGCGACCUUUUACCGUGUUGCAGUUGAAAGGUUUGUUGGCGCGCACUGGAAAAAUCGUUGAUGACGAUGGCUUCUGGAUUGAUCGCAUCAAAUCUAAGUGCUAUGUUGCUUAUGCCACAGAAGACGAAGCCAUUGAAACGCGUCAUGCGUUGCAUGGAGUACGUUGGCCGGUCUCGAAUCCCAAGUGCUUAAAUGUUGACUUCGGCAGUCGCACAGACAUGGAUCGAGCAAUACAAUCGACGAAGAACGAAACUCCCAAGUAUCCACAGGACAAUACCAGAGAUAAUCAAAACGCAGGCAACACUUGGUCUCGCUUAGAUGCUAGCGAUAAAAAGCCUGCUCGUCCUGUACGUGAAUGGGAUGUUGGCAAAAAGGAGCCCAACGAUCGCGACAAAUCAAGUAAUGACAGACGUCGUAGCAGCAAGGAGCGGGUCGAUUCACGUCUGCGCGAUUCGGAACGUGGCAAAGGCGGAGCGGAUGAAGCGGAACGCAGUGGUCAGGAUAGGAAACGCUCUAGGGAACGGGAUCGUGGUGGACGCGAUCGCGAGCGCAGUGAUCAUCAUGGCCAUGGACGCAGCAGAAGUGGCUCACCAGGAAAUCGAAGAAAAAAGGAGAAUGAACCACCAAUCAGACUAUUAGAUGAUCUAUUUCGUAAAACCAAGGGCACACCGUGCAUAUAUUGGCUGCCCUUGACACCGGAAGCCAUCGCGGAAAAGGAGGCGUUCCGUCAAAAGCGCAUCGAGGAACACAAACAGCGUAUCAAGGAACGCGAGGAGCGUGUAAAUAAAGAGCGUGAACGUGAAAAGGAUCGCGAUCGUCAACGAGAUAAUCGACGUAGCAACCGGUCGAAUGAUCGGCGCCGCAGUUCACGCAGUCGUGAUCGUGAUCGUGAGCGACGACGUUACUAGGCCGUAACUAAUGAACAAGAUCAACAACCAGUCACAACAACAACAAACAAAACAAAAAAUAAACAAAGAAAUGAAGUCAUCUCGACAACCAAA